AUGGUGGCGGGGCCGGAUCGGCCGUUCCGUCUCGCGCCGGGCCGCGGUGCAGGGGUAGGCGGCGUUGGGAGGUGCAGGGUAGGUCAGUUGGGAGGUGGGAGGUGCAGGAAAAGGCGGGUUGGGAGGUGCAGGGUAGGUCGGUUGGCCCGCAGGAGGUGGAGGUGGGAGGUGCAGGGUAGGCGGGUUGGGGAGGUGCGGCCACCGAGCCUUCGCGGCGGUCCGUUGCACCUUUGUACGUGGUCGCGGGCCAGCGAGCCCAUUUCUAGCAAAACGCAUACAAAUGCGUUUUGCGGGAUUGAGAAAUCCACCCCAGAGCCCGCCGGCCCGUGCAAGGCACUGCGCCCUGGUCGGUGGGUAUAUGAGAAGGGAGAAGCCAGAGCAGCCAGAGCAGCGAAGGCAGCCAGCAACGGUGCCCAAGGGUACUACUGGUUGGCUUCCACGGCCCUGGCGGGCAUGCGCGGCCCUCCCCCUCGUUUUGUGCGGGUCCGUUGCACCUUUCCUUCGCAGGCCGCUGACGGUCCCAUUUCUUACAUCGCCGCCUUCGCGUGGUGCCCUACGGUCUGCCGGGGUACCGACGAUUGCGGCGAGCACCACCCCAGCACCGCUGCUGCCCUGGCGCAUCCGCCCGGGGGCCAGCGCGGCAUCUGGGAAGACUCCAUUCAGGCGCAAGGGAAUACCCCAUAUGCGCCGAGGGGUGGGCUAUGUGGGUGUUUGGCGGUUCGCCAUACCUGUUCAAAGCCACCGGGGGUACCUACCGGUUGGGGACGCCUCAGGGCUGAACCUCCCGGUCGGGCCUCCUCUUGGGGCGCUUAG